AUGGCUAAAAAUACGACUAAGCAUGAAUUGAUUUCUCAUGAACCAAGCAGGAGAGCAACCUUAAAAAAGAGGAAGGCUAGUUUCUUCAGAAAGCUGAAUGAGAUCACAACUUCAUGCGGGGUUAUUGCAUGUGCUGUUAUUUACAAUACUUCUGAUACCAAGGCGGAUGUGUGGCCUUCCCAUAGGAAGCAUUUUAUGUACUCGAAAAAUUCAAGAAUUUACCUGAAGAAAGGCAAGAAUCAAGAACUUGAUGAGAAGCUGCUUUUGAUUGAAUACCUGAAACUGGAAGGUAAGAAUUUUCUUGAUCCUGGUCGUCUUGAAAGUUUGAUCGGACUUGAUCAUCAAUUGGAUAAAAGAAUUGAUUUCACUACUAAGCGGAUUGAGUUCUUCGAGGGUGUGGGGCGCAACCAAGUUGAUGCGGGAGUUGAUUCUGAUGAGAUGGUGGCUAUUUUGGUGUCUGGAGGUGUAGUAAUUCAACCAAUUCAAAAUAAACUUUGUGAGCAGAGAGCAUAG